AUGGAUCCCCCCAAAAAGCAUCAUCAGCGAAAGCAUCGCCUUAAGCAGGGGCUCGGAGAGAUGAAGCAAGACCCCAAUGCUACACCGCAAGUGAUGCCCAAGACCACACAGGAGUUCGAGGAGCCUGGCAUCUCGGAAAACAUCAUUCAGCCUCGAGCUAGAGAUGCUCCAGUCAAAACGCCAGAUGAUGAUGAUGAACAAGCGAAAGAGUCGUUGAUCAAGGUUGAGAAACCUCACCUUGAUUUGGUAGCUGGUCUUGAAGACCAGAAGGCCGCUACUGGUGUCGAUCAAAAACCAUCGUCCGAGGAUACCGAUAUGCCCUUGGCCCCGAAAAUCGAUCCAACUGAGCCAUCGAUCAAGGUUGAGAAACCUGAUUCUGAUUUGGCAGCUGUUCAAGACCAGAAGGCAGCUACUGGUGUCAAACAAGAUCCAUCUUGCGAGGAUACUGAAAUGCCGUUGGCCCCUACAAUCGACCCAACUGAGUCAUCGAUCAAGGUUGAAAACCCUGAUUCUGAUUUGACAACUGGUCUUGACGACCAGAAGGCAGCUACUGGUAUCAAACAACAUCCAUCUUGUGAGGAUACUGAGAUGCCAUUGGCCCCCAAGGUCGAUCCAAUUGAGCCAUGUAUCAAGGUUGAAAAGCCUGACCCUGAUUUGGCAGCUAGCAUGAGCGAAUGGAAUUCCGCUGCUGGUGUCAAACAAGAGCCAUCUUGCGAGGAUACUGAGAUGCCAUUGGCGCCCAAAAUUGACCCAAAUGAGCCGACGGCCAGUUUUGACCAUUCUGACUCUAAGCGCAAUCUCACCCCCUUCGAUUCCAAAGAUAUUUUAGAAGAGCCACGUACUCCGAGCUCCCCUGAGUCUUCAGGCACAAAGCCACAAGGCCAGCUCUGCCUCCUCCCAUCUGAUCUGACAGGAGACCUGUUGCAAUUGAAGCAAGAGAUGAACAAUGCCUUGGAUGUGGGCGAAGCUACCGAAGAAAAGAAACGGUUCUACGAUGCAUACCAGAAUGUUUCCAGCAAAGUUCAUCGACCAUCCACCGGGCUCAGCGCAUCAUGCCCACAAUUGGACUUGAAGAAUGCAGAGAGAAAAGAGAGAAAGAGGCUGUACAUGCGAGAAUGGCGACGGAAGAACGCAGACAGAAUCAAAUCUCAAAAAAGAGAACACCAACGGAAGAACGCAGAUAGAAUCAAGGCGUACCGUCGAGAGUAUUAUCAGAAGAACGCAGACAGACUCAAGUCGAGAAGCCGAGAAUAUUAUCAGAAGAACGCAGACAGACUCAAUUCGAGAAGCCGAGAAUACGAACGGAAGAACAAAGACAGACUUAAGUUAUACCGACGAGAAUACCAACAGAAAAACGCAGACAGAGUGAAGGCGUACAAACGAGAAUACGAACGGAAGAACAAAGACAGACUCAAGUUAUACCGACGAGAAUACCAACAGAAAAACGCAGACAGAGUGAAGGCGUACAAACGAGAAUACAAACGGAAGAACAAAGACAGACUCAAGUUAUACCGACGAGAAUACCAACAGAAAAACGCAGACAGAGUGAAGGCGUACAAACGAGAAUACAAACGGAAGAACAAAGACAGACUCAAGUUAUACCGACGAGAAUACCAACAGAAAAACGCAGACAGAGUGAAGUCGAGAAGCCGAGAAUACCAGCGAGAAUACCAACGGAAAAACGCAGACAAAAUUAAGGCGACGAAACGAGAACACCAACGGAAGAACGCAGAUAUAAUCAACUCGCAAUCCCGAGCACGAGCACGGAGACGUAAAAUGAAAGAAAGUCUGCAAAUGCAGGAAUUCAAGGCCCAACUGAAGCAAGAUGAUCAGCCCAAGCAAGAGGUCCAGCCCAAGGAAGAGGCCCGGCUCAAGGAAGAGGUCCAGCUCAAGGAAGAGGUCCAGCUCAAGGAAGAGGUCCAGCUCAAGGAAGAGGUCCAGCUCAAGGAAGAGGUCCAGCUCAAGGAAGAGGCCCGGCCCAAGCAAGAGGUCCAGCUCAAGCAAGAGGCCUAA